CAAAACUGUAACGGCCUUAUCAAAUAGAUAUGUAACAACCUUGACCUUUAUAGUUGGACCAGUUCAUAGUUGGCUCAUGGAUAUCUAGUCACCAACACGAUGUUAUAUUUGGGAAUUAUUUUGUCUACAGUGUGCCUUUGUACAGCUCAGAGGUAUCCCAUCACUGCGGCGUGGUUCAACGAUCACUACUCCAGUGAUUACUUGAACGGUACGCUGUUUAACUUCACCAGAAAUGGUGGUGACACAGUCCUACUAAAACCCAAACAAUUCCUGUUCCGGUCACAACAAGACAUGGAGGCAGAUCCAGAUUUCGCGUCGUGUAGUACCACGGAAACCGACACAGGACCAACGUGCUUUGAGGACGCGAAAAAGGAAAUUAACCAACUAGGGUACAAAAUAGCAUCUUUCGCGUCAUAUACAAGUGGAGAAAAUUUCAGUGAAGCUGUAAUCGAGUGUCCAGCGUUCGAGAAGAAAUUAGUCCGUGCCAGGACUUACAUUCGUCUUGUUCUUCCGACAGCAGUAAGACCUCAAAGUACAUCAAUACAGCACAGAAUUCAUACUGAUUACAUUUGUUUUCUAUACUUCGUCCUUAGUCAACCCUGCGACUUCCCCCCGGGGUCAUCCGUCAUCGUCCUUUUCACGUCUUAUGAUGGCGUUGAUUCUAAUGAACUACUGGUACGUGUUGCUGCAGAGAGGAAUAUGUCAGUAUAUCUCGGAAUGCCCGAGUUGCCUCCUACCACAGCGACAUCCAAACAAUACGAUGUGGCUUACUUCGACUGGUUAAACAGGCUGUUGGCAGACCACCAACAAAGAUACUCGGCCAUAACAGUCAAACAGUCCAAAUACACGACAGCCUACGAUGCCAUUACUGGGUAUAAUACAGGAGAGGCACGGCCUUUAGGCGAAUCGUUAAGUGUUAAAGACACUCUCCUUACGUAUUCCAAGCAAGGUGUCAUAGUACAUCACCACGGCAAGAAGUUUCUAGUUUCGGCGUCCGUCGAUUUGAGGAAGACUGGAGGGUUCAGUAUAGACGAACACGUCCAUGGAUUCAAUGCACUUGUGAAUGCGUCAUCAGCUGACGUCAUGAACAUCCAUGAAGGGAGAGGUUAUGGUAACGCCUGUUACUAUUGGCCCACACAGAACGUCUUACCAAUAGCACUGGUGGAUAAGACACUUGACGCGGUUUUGCACUAUCAGAAUCCCCAACUGAAACCAAACAUCACUUUUGAUGAUUUCUUCGCUGGCAGUAUUCAACAGGUGAUGGAAUCUUUGUUUAUAGCAAGAGAAGCACUCCAGAAGAAUAACCAUUCAUUUGACAUGUGGUUGAACGUAGAAGCAUUUGAGUCCCUCCGAGAUAAUCCAUGUCUUCCAACAUCCGGGUCAGGAAUCUCGGUCUCCACGGACAGGGUUACAAAGGAUAGAUUGGAUAUGGCACUAUCCGCAGGGGCUGUGUUUGUCCAGAAGGUGGCAGUGUCUGCCUGGGAUCCCUACUUUACAUGCACACCGAAGAACUCUAGCUCGACACUGGCUCAACAGGUCUACAAUGACGCCGGUCGGCCGAUCAUUACCCACUGUUCUUUCCAUAACCAGUAUAACCGCUCUGUUGUGAUCAUAGGUUUCAGCUUAGAGGGUUUAACUCAGGCAUUCACGGCAAGUAUUCCACUUCCAUUGGUGUCAUUAUCAUUCCAUACGUUAAACGACAGAGUAACUAGGUCCGACAUUGGACACAAGCGCCAUAACAGCAGUGUUUACGGUUACUACUUCGAGGGUGCCUACGGAAGCGAGCAUCACCUGGUACCCUCUCUAAUCUACACACAGCUGUUCGACCCAUAUAACGUCAUGCAGCUCAAUCCUAAGGGAACCGUCAGGGUCAAAGCCGCAGGGGACAAACCGCGCAUGCGUAUUCACGUAUGACUAUACAAAUGUAGACAACAAAACAGAGGGUCAAUAAAA